UUCUCUCGCCAGCACAGCACUCGAUUCUAAGGAAGCAAUGGCGAAGGUGCUUCAUCUGUCAAGUCAAAAUUAGACGUUGUGUUAUCUGCGGGUCUAGCCCCGCUUCUGGCUUGAAGAGACCUCUGGUGUUUGGACAGAAGCCGCCACCAUCACAGCACGCGCACUCGCGCACACGUGCCGCCCGCCUGUCGCGUCCAUCGUCGUGCCAUUUAUCUGGCUUCUCGGAGGGGGAGACAAAGCUCGGUUAGGAACUGCAAAGCCGGAGAGGAAACGAAGAAAAAAGAAGCUGAGCAGCGUGAGACAACGGACGGUGGCAGACUGCCGGCACCAGUCUCAGACAAGGAGCUGCAGGCGACAGGCGGUUACAGGGAGCGCUGAUGGUGUGAGGGGCAAGUCGUGGUGACAUGGUCUCCAUCCUGGUCUCCAUCGCAGCUCGUGUGGUCACAGCUCCGUAACCUUACAGGCGCUGGUGUGUGUGGAUGUGUGUGUGUGGAGGGAGUUUAUCUGUAGGGUGGUGACAAGCUACCUACCUGUGACCGGACAUCGGGCUCCACGUAUCCAGUGUCAGUGAUAAAAGCGCUGAGGGUCGAUCUUAGUAGGUUUACCGUGCCACCAUCACUAAUCGAAGUUAAUCCGACAAAGAUGUGUCCAGAGUCACGUGACUAAGCCUGACGGACAGUUCUUGCCAGAGAAGAUCACCACCAUCUUUAUCUUCACCAUCACCAUUACCAUCACCAUGCUGUGUUAUUCGAGCCCCAACACGGUGGACCUGGAGAUGACCCGCGUGCCCAAGACGUCCUCCGGUUCCGGUGCUGUCGUCACCUACUACGACCGCAACCACGAGGAGGACUGGUGCAAGGUCGUCACCACUCAGCCAGAUGGAAGUGUCCUGUCACAACACAUCCCUCACGAGCCACGCAGCUACCUGGGUCUGGCUGUCGUCGUUCUCGUCUGCUUCAACAUCCCGUUCGGCAUCCUCGCCGUCAUUCUGUCGGUCAAGGCUAACCGAGACUACGAGAAGGGCGACUGCACGCGCGCCCGCGUGAAGGGCAAGGUCUCCAUGGUGCUGAGCAUCGUGGGGAUCAUCUCCACCAUGACGGCCGUCUUUUUGGUCAUAUUCUGGCCUGCCAUCAAGCCUGACAAAGGCUGACGAUACAGUCGCAUAUAAGUUUGAUUUAACCGGAUUAACCGACAUGUGACACAAGGCGUUAAUCUCGGAUCACCUUGUGAGACGUGUUCAGUGCUCUUUAUGACCAGACCUAAGCUAAAAUACGACAGAAGUGGAUGGAUGAUGGUGGGAGUGGUGGCUGCUGCCAAAGUUUCAGCCUACGAGCCCACUUACCCUUCAGCAUGUCACUUGGUAACCCCAUCCUCACCCCACCCACCCGUUUACCCUGAGUACGACUUUACUGGAUAAUCUCCCUUUUCCUUCGACGACGUGUACGAUAUUCCGCUUUAACACCAGGCUGUGAGGUGACAAUGUUGGAAACAGUGAGUCUGGCUCUAAUCCGGCCACUUUUCUUUCUCAUAAGGUCGCAGGGUCGCUUCCAAAUUGACCCUAUUUCCUGCCUGAGGAUUCUUGCAAAUCACGCCAGAGGAUCCGGCCGGAAGUAGCUCCACAACGUUAUUGCUGGAGGGAACGCAUCCUGAGAAUCCUGACUCCACCCCUGAGUACCUAUCUCCUGGGAAGGACUCUUUCCUUUGAUACCCCGCUAACAAGCUUACUGUGUUUGUGUGGGUGUGGGUAUGUGAAAAACUUCUAGUCUUCGUUUUCUCUGCAUUCUCUUUGAUAACGCAGCUGAUGGUCAUCAGUAAAUAUAUUUUGAGAAUUUCGUGUAAUCAGAUCCCGUUAUCCACAAGAAGUCAGCAUACAUGCUGGACAUUUUAGAAAAACAAAC